AUGGCUCGGAGUUUGAGGGAUCUUAUCGAUUUUUUGCUCGCGGAGAUAUCACUCUGUGGCGAGCGAGGUGCAUCUCCGGCUGAUGUACUUUCCUUCAUUGAUAACUUCUAUGUUCCGUUACCUCAGCAAAGCCACCAGCAUGCUCAACAUGACGGGGAUGUUCGUCGCACCCCAAAUGUUGACCGUAGGUUCAAGCAGAAAGCCUGGCUAUGGCUGACAAGACACCCAGAGGUUUCGGUUGGCAAGAACAAGGAAGGAAACGGCCUUGCGUUGGAUGAAGUGGAAGCCCGGUAUGCCCAAGGGUCCGCCGCCGGGGAGCGGCAGUCUUGUAAUACGCCAACUGCCUCCCUACCAGAUAACCCUUCCCAUGUUGACCCUCAGAUUUCCGGGUCUAUUUUGGGGAAAGGUAUGCCCCCGAAUUCCAGUGGGGCACUCCGAGUUUUUGUUUCGGAAGAGCGAAUGUGGCUUGCAAUUACGGGCCAUGAACGUGACCACUCAAGGGUUCCUCCUCUGGAGUUUGAUCUUUUAUCAAUCAUUGCCUCUCGAAAAUGGCAGGGCGUGAUGCAACCGGAGUUGCCUAAACUUAGCGGCCAAGAUAAACGCUCAGUUCCCAAACGAACAGACUCCUUAAGUAGGAAGGGAUAUAUCGAAAAAAGGCCUGUUCAAUAUAUGUCGGCACGAACGAGUUUAUGCACACUCCGGAAAUUUGUCCGCUCAAAGUCAUCUGGUAAUAUUGUUGGAUUGCCCGUGGAGAAUGUGGACUCCGUGCCCCCUGAGCUGGGCUCUGUGAUUGAUUUUCCUAUUCUUCUCGAAAGGCUGUUCCAAUGCUUGAAGGAAUUCAAUGUCAUUACUCGUAUUGAUCUGAAGGCGAAGCUUGGAAUGGAUGGCCGUUGGCGGGGCAGAGUUCUGGGAAGAGCAAUUCGAAAGUUAGAAAGGAUAGGUUGCAUCCGUCGUGUGAGAGCCGUGUCACAAUAUUCCGAUAUGAUGAGGACUCGUCAUCCGUCUGUCAUGCUUAUCCGGGACCUUACCGAAAAUGAUCUUAGGCUUUUCCUAGAAGAUAGUCGCAGCCUGGUAACAUACCUGGAGCAGGAGGAUAUGGAUGCUGUGGAAAUGGACCAGGAUCAAGGCCAGCAGGAUACUGUGGAUGGAAUUCCAGAGAUCAAAAGAGACAUUGCCAGCCCACCUGAGGCACAAUACUUCGAGCAGAUGGGACGGGUCGUCCCUAGGUGGAUCCCGGACCGCACUUUGCCAAAUAUCAUAUUUGACAUAGUCGACAGAAGCGGGCGAGAAGGUAGUACAAAUCAUGAUAUCACCAAUUCCUGCAUGGGCGCAUUUUACAGGCGGCCAACCGAGUCACUGAUGAGCCGCCUUGUUGAGACCUGGCAGCUUUCUCAACCCCUUCACCUUCGACACCUCGCGUUGGUCCGAGACGUUGCCCUUCGGGGCACGGUUUCAAUGUACAUCCAUUACUCUUUGCGCAAUUUUGCCUCUCUCGUAAAUGAGGGUCAAGUUUCCUGGGAAGCAGUUAAAUUUUCACGAGAGGGAAAAGGUGUUGCUAAAGUUCCACCAGUUGAUGCUAUUCCCCAAAUUGAUGCGUACGGUUUUCCUGCUGAUGAGAGGCCAUCCAACCUUCUGAAUGACGGGGACGCAACCCUUAAAAGCUGCCUGGAGGCUGUGAGACCCAGUGACUAUACUCUUACGGCGUUUGAUCCUGUCAUUAUAAAACGCAGAAAUGGAAGCUAUGGCGUAAGUUUCAGAGGAAAGGAAUUGUCCGGAAAGUCCCAAAAGGCUUCAGGCCUGUUGGGUCUAGAAGCCAGCUCCCCAGCUGCUGAAAGGGAGUCUCCACGCGGUGCUAGUUACCAGGGACGGAAGCGGAAAGAAACCGCAGCAGAUGUCGACGAGGAACUUGCGGAAGAGGCAGAAGUUGUACGAUCAUCAAAGUGCCAGCAGAAGGCGGAAGAGUUGGUUGAUCCAUACGCUGGAAUGACAGAGAAGGAGAAAUUAGAAGCUCAAGGGUUUGAUGAGAGUUGGACUGAAUAUAGCGUCCUCCUGCUCGAACGACCUGGCCCUGGCAUCUUUUUAACUCCAACAGGGAGACGGCGACCCAUUGGGAAAGCAAGAGGUCGCCCAGGGAGAAGUCGGAUUGCUAUAAUCAAGUUGGAAAAAUUGAAGAAGUUUGAUUGGUUUGUUAAUGAGCAAGACACGGAGAUCCCGCCGGCUGGAGACAGGGAUCAGAGCCAAACCUCUGCAGCCAUUAGUAAUGCAGAGUCCAUUGCAAAUCAAUCGACAUCACAAAUUCAGCAGACAACUAAAACAACUCAACUGACUGAUUCAUCGAAGUUAGUGGAAGAUCUGUAUCUCCAGGAAGUAAUCCCUCUUGGUGCUCAGGUUCCAGUGGACAGACCUUCGGCAUCCAGAAAAAGGAAAUAUGUUGCAACUUGUGAGAAUGAAAAUGAGAAACUCGGAACCUCCUUAGCACCCCAGCCAACUCCUAAAAGAAGGGGUAGACCGGCGAAAAAGAACCCCAAAGUUGCGAGUAUCGACGCUACAUUGCAGACCGGUGACAAGCGUUUCGACCAGGAUACUGUGGCAGGUCAUACAAGAAUAACUGGUCGUGGCUCUCCUACUCCUCAGCUCAGCGAUAAACGUCAGCAAGCCCUACGAGAUGUAGCAGCAGAAGUCACACCGGCCAAAACCAAGCGUGGGACGAAACGAAAGUUUGCUGAUAAUGUUGCGGACUCAGAGCAAUCAGCAUUACCUCCAACUCCGGAAAUCGUGUCAAGUGGGAGUGGCAAUGUAGGAUCUCCACCUUUUGACUUGGCUCCAGUCCUACCCUCUGAAGAUAUUCGACCUGUCUCUCCUCAGUUGACUGAUUCUGCAAUUCAUCCACUAUUCACCGCACAGACGUCCGAGAGUGGUAAGGAAAGAAUUCCCCAGGAUCAGAUAAUGCAGAAUGAAAUACAUGCCACCGACAACACAUCGAAUAAAGCAGGUGAUGGCUCUCAGGUUGUGGAGCAUGAAGGAGUGGGUAUAACCGAGACCAUCCACGAACCCCCUUCUCGAGGUGCAUCCAAUUUAAACACCAUAAAUAUCGAUGGAAAUAACGAAAGCAGGACAGCUCAAUCCCAAACCCAAGACAUUGAUUCACGAACUCCUGAACCUGUUUUGGCAACCAAGGGAAAAAUCAAGUCCAAGAAGUCGGAUACCCAAGCUGGUUCAAUCGCCUUUCUUCGAAGGAAGAUCGUUAUGGAUAUUGUUGAGAUAUCUGGUGGGGUUUACCCUUAUGGCACUGAGCUCUGGUACCCCUUUACCACGGCAUGGUUUAAAACAAAACAGACUGGGAGGCCCGACUUCCGAACACUUCGAACUACAGUAAAAUAUAUGACCGAGAGCGGGAAACUUCGGCAACUAACGUUCAGCGGAAGAAAUAGUAAAGGGUUAGUGGUUACAAAGUCCAUAAUUGCGAAGCCAGAGAUUGCCGCAACUGAUGCAGUAGUUAUGGAUUUGCAGAGAGCAAUGUUGGAAGCUGACCCGCAACAAUACUUCCCACCCGGCCCUGAGAUUAACCCGUCGCUUAGGAAGUCGCAUCGGAUCGCCCAAAUUCCAGAAAAGAGACUUCCAGAGAUAGAAGAACAGGUAACCGUAACGUUGCAUCAAGUUCCUGUGAGGGCUCGACCUCCUGAAUUGAAACCACCGCGUGUCCAGCGACCAAGAUCAGGACCGAUAGAGCGCCUUAAGAGUACCAUGCGCCGAUCACCUCCACGUUCAGCUCUAAAUUGGUUGACAUCGCCGAAUUCAGGCGUUGCAGAAGGGGUGCCUCGGCCUUUAGAAUAUGUAUUUCGCGAACCUAUUUUAUCAGGAGAUUCCAUAACGGACUUGGGACUCAGUGUCCCCAGAAGACAUCUCCCUCCAAGAUCAAAACCUCCAACAUAUGCCACCAUCCUACAGUCUAUCCAGUCAUUUCAUCGUCCAACUGGGACGUUCGGGACUCUAUUUGACAACAGGUUAUGGCGGGGGCCACCAGGAGGAAUAAAGCCCCGACUGGGUCAGAUGGCUCCAAGUUUGCCCACAACUCUUGAAGAUAUUCUUUCUAUGACAAAGAAACGGCCGUUCGAUAUAUCAAAUAACCCAGAUCCCGUUUCUACCAGGGUGUUUUCUGAGAUAGAUGCAGUAGGCAGAUGGGAAUCAAAACAUCCUGAGGUAUUUGAUUUGGAGAAAGAUGGGUGGACGUACAUUAACCAUCGGAUACCGGGCCCCUUCGAGAGUGCGCCGCAGGAGGGGCCUAUACGAUUUGAACCCAGUGAGCUCUCGCGAGCAUCGAAGGAACGCUCAACGCCAAUUUCCGAGGCUCCCUUCCGAUCUCUAGCGUCAGCCAGGGUGACUCAAGAAGAGCAACCUAGCGAUCAUCUACCCUCGUCCCGCGGUCAGAAACGACCCGAGGGGCCCGUCAAUCGGCGUCUCGAACAAUUUCAGGAGUCCAAGACGGAGAAAAGAAUUCCCAAAGCAGUUGGUCCGGCUUCCCGAAGGACUAAGCUUAUUAAAGUCCUCUCUAGUGACAUAGUACGGAAGGUUACCGUGGCAAUCGUUGUUGUUCGAGUUUUGGCUGGUGGAAUGGAGGGUAAAAUGAUUGACUGGCAGCUCGUUACGUUGGCCUUUCCAAACCAUGACCCUAAAUUUAUUAGAGACCGGGGGAAAGCUAUUCUCUCUAGAAAUCGGCUUCAAAUGUCCAAAAUGCAAGGUGAUUUCCAGGAUCGGUUCGCGGAAGCGUAUGAAAGGGAUCAGGUGCCCCGUAUCGAUUAUGGAGAUCUUACUUCGUAUGAUUGGCAAUGGAUUGUCGAUUGGGCUUGCACUCAGCUCGAGGGUCCACGAACCGAUAAGCUUCCAAGUUUACCAGCCACUCGUCAACAGUUCGACAGACUUUUCGACAUUCGCCAGGAACCCAUACAAACUCUUGAUGAAUUGUACCAGCACAACGCCCCAGCCACGAUUCCUCGCAAGCAAGCUCUGCUGACUGGCACGAGCUUCGUAAUUCCCGUUUCCCAGACCAAGAUGAAAUGGGAAUAUUCAAGUACAGAGCGACUGAAUAUAGCUAAAACCUGGGUACGAGCUAAUGUUAUAACGCCGGAGGAGUCUUAUAACCCAGCGGAUGCGAGGCGGAUUCUCGAAUGUCUUGGUGAAGAGCUCAUCGGUCAGGCGAUACAGUCUCUCAUCACUGAACGUGUGAUCUCGAUGGGCAAUAGGGGUAGAAUUACUCCAGGACGCAACUACGAUGUUACAGAACAUUUCGUACACACCUUCGGCCGCAAACGCGCCAUCGAAGCUACCCAGUUGAAACGGGCUUUGACCUUCAAAACGACGAUCCUCGACACACAGUUACAUUUGGAAAAGAAAUGCGCAGUGAACUAUGACGCAGAGGAUGGGGAUAUUCUAGUUCUUAUUAAUCUUUUUGCAGAGGGCAGGAUAACAAUCUGGCCCGUGAACCCCCCAAAGGAUAAAUACGGUCUGACCGACGGCGGCUAUCUCACCCGGCUCAUGGACAAGGGCAAGCUCCGUUUCGAUAUCCAAGUCCUUCCUGUUCCAGAUCGUUACAUCUACGGAAAUCCUGUGAAUCUACCGAAAACGAUCCCAAGGGGUGAUAUGCCCCCUGAUUUCCCACCGCCCACUGGCUCCCCACCUCUCUGCAAAAUCCCCCUUUGGUUUGACAUCCAUGGCAACCUUGUAAAGAUGCUUUGGGAUCUGGCUGUUGCUGGAGUGGUAGGUUAUCUGGCCUCCAGGCCUGGACUUACUACAGCUGAUAUUGGUCGCCUAUUUCAGCCACAUAUUGCUGAUUGGGAGGUGGCGUUGGUUCUGGAGUGGAUGGAAGAGGCUGGUGUUGUUGAGAGACUUGGUGGUUUGUCCGGUUGGGCGGUGAAGGAGUGGUGGUGGAUGGUUGUUCAGAAUUGA